UCUCUCUCAUCAUCCCACACGAUAUUCUCUCCCUCUCUUACAAUUUUAAAAGCUAAAGAAACCUAUCUACAUCGUAAUCUCUCUCUUCUUCUCAAACAAUGGCAGAAACAGCAGCAUCAUCGCCAUUAAAACGCCAAAGAGAAGAGCAUGAACAAGAAACCAUGCUCCAAGAAGAUACAAAAAGACAAAAGGCUUCUUCAUCUUCUACCUUGUACAAUCAAGUACAAUGUCUCUUAUAUGAUGAGGAAGCAAAAAAUGAAGCAGAACAUGAUUUAGUUUCUCUAAUCACCUCACUUCAGCAAAAGAUCUCUACGGAAGAGGAAAACGCUGCCGUUUCUGCGAAUCCUGCUCUCUCUUCUUCCUCUUGUUCAUCCUCCUCGUCUUCGUGUGUUUCAAAGGAAGAGGAGUACGAAAGCGACAAGGAGAAAGUGAUGAAGCAUCUUCUUGAAGCUUCGGACGACGAACUAGGGAUACCUAACACUUACUUUGGCGGGAGUAAUUAUGAGAUGAUUAACAAUGCAACUAAUCAAGAUUACAUUAAUGAGUUUAGUUUAAUAGAUGGCUUUGGUAAUGGGCUUUGGGAGCUUGAAGAUGAAGCCGCUAACUAUUACACGUUACUGCAGUCAGAACUGUUUAUGUAGAAGAUGAUAAAACAGAGAAACAAACAAGAGGAAGGUAGAAAUGAAAAAGUAAAGACCAAAUAUGAUGAAGAAAAAAAUGAAUAUUUUCUCUUUCAAGUGGUUUGAUAGGUGCACUCUUUUAUUUGUUUUAGCUGCUAUAUUUAUAUUUCUUUCUUAAUUAGUUUAUUAAAUUUCUAGUGGGACUAAUGAAAAUGAUACUAUUUUGUUGGUUUGUCUUUAAAAUUGUU